CCUGGGACUCUCGGCUGCUAGUUCAAGGACAAAGACAGAAUGACUCAACAUUGUACCAAAUUUUCUGGACACUGGAAGAUAAUUGUAUGGGAUGAAGAAUGUUUUCAGGGACGGAGACACGAGUUUACAGCUGAAUGCUACAAUAUUAUGGAAUGUGGAUUUGAAACUGUUCGCUCAUUUAAAAUAGAAAGUGGAGCAUGGGUUGGCUAUGAGCACUUAGGAUUCCAAGGCCAGCAGUUUGUGUUGGAGAGAGGAGAGUACCCCCGCUGGGAGGCCUGGAGUGGCAGCAAUGCCUAUCAUGUUGAGCGAAUGACUUCUUUCCGACCCAUUGCCUGUGCUAACCAUCGUGAUUGCAAGAUGUCCAUAUUUGAGAAGGAAAACUUCCUGGGAAGGAAAGGAGAGAUAAGUGAUGACUAUCCCUCUCUGCAAGCUAUGGGAUGGUGCAACAAUGAAGUAGGCUCAUUCCGUGUUCAUUCUGGCGCCUGGGUGUGCUACCAGUAUCCUGGUUACCGCGGAUUUCAGUACAUCAUGGAAUGUGACCGCCACUCUGGAGAAUACAAGCACUGGAGAGAAUGGGGAUCCCAUGCACAAACCUUCCAGAUUCAGUCCAUCCGCAGAAUUCAGCAGUAAAGAAAAUAUCACAUCCAUACACAUUCUUGUAUUUUAACCUGAAACAAAUAAAGCAUAAAAAGAUA